AUGUUCAUGACGUCUCAUGACGCAAAGGGCCUAAUUACUGGAUCGCGCGUCGCUCUACACCUGUGGGAAGGCGUGACUGAGAAGUCUUGGUCAUUUCUGUCGCCUCCGUGGUUGCUGAGAGACAAAGGGAUCCGUACUGGGAAGUACGAAGUGUAUGUGGACGAGCUUGACAGCCCGGGGUAUCAAGCCAUCUACGGCGGCAUUUACAACGAGGACAUGGCCGUGGCUAUCGUGGACGAGGUCGAGAAUAACAAGUUGGCGUACAAGCAUUGGUCUUGCGUCGGCCCCAUAGGUCUCGGGAAAUGGUAA